AUGCUUGCCAACGUCUUUCAUUAUGGGCAAGCUCUCUUUGAAGGCUUCAAAGGCUUUCACACAAAGCAGGGAGACGUGUGUCUAUUUGCAGACAGGUUGAGCUGGGCCCGCAUGAACCAUGGGUGUCGACGCUUUCGAAUACCGGAGGUGCCUGUGCAAGUUUGGGAUCGAGCUGUCCAUGAUGUGGUCAAGGACAACAUUGCCUACGUGCCUUCAUAUGGUACAAACGGUGCGCUCUACGUCCGCCCCUUCAUUUUCGGGAGCGGCCCUAGGCUAGGCCUGGGGCCCUCUCCGGAGUACACCUUCGUGGUUUUUGUGAACCCUGUGGGCAGCUAUUACAAAAACGAAGGUGGAGCAAUGCAGGCUUUGGAUGGGCUUGUGAACGACUCCUAUGACCGAGCUGCCCCACUUGGGUGUGGCGACUGCAAAGCCGCGGGAAACUAUGCAGCCGACCUGGAGAGCAUGUAUGUGUCGAAGAGGAAGGGCUAUCCCAUCAGCCUGUACCUGGAUGCUGUGGAGAGACGAUACGUGGAGGAGUUCAACACCUCCAACUUUGUGGCAAUCACCAAGGAUGGCAAAUACAUCACUCCAGAUGCUCCACGGAGUGUUCUCGACAGCAACACAAACAAGGUGCUGCUUCAGCUGGCCAGUGACAUGUCCAUCCCGGUCGAGCCCACAUCUCAGAGCUUGGGAUGGAAGGGCAGGUCCCAAAGUUCCGAGCUAGCUAGAUGGUCCAUCAGCUUUGAUAGAAUGCAGCCCUCCAAAAUUGCCCGGGGCACUUGGCAACUUCUACAAGCAUUCAGAAUUCAAUUGGAUUUAGAAUUCGUGCGUUUUAAGUGGAGUCUUCAGUUUGUCUUGGCAGCCAAGGGCAGGAAGAGACCGCCAUAA